CACACCGUUCUGACCAUCUUGUGGAUUCUCCUCUAUCAUGCAGGUGUACAUAGCUAAGACAGACUUAUCAGAAAAGACAAAAGAGUGGAAGUUGGUUUCACUGUAUGCACUGACAAGGAAGGAAAUUUGUUUGUUUCUUCGACAUACAUCCACUGGACUCCAAAAGCUGGCUGAGGCAAUAUACAGUGAGGAGUCAUCUUUUGGGGGACGUCUCUUUUAGGAUGCAUGUUCCUCACAUUUUCCCUGGCCACCUUUUCCCUGGGAUGUAGUGAGGAUUGAUGGUUCAUACAGGCUUUUCCCCUAAACAUCUGCUGACUCUGGAAACCUGGCAUCAUGCCAGUGAUGAAGGGGCUGCUGGCACCCCAGAACACCUUCCUGGACACCAUCGCCACUCGUUUCGAUGGCACUCACAGCAACUUCCUCCUUGGGAAUGCUCAGGGUAACCGUGGCUAUCCCAUUGUGUACUGUUCCGAUGGAUUCUGUGAGUUGACGGGGUUCGGACGAACAGAGGUGAUGCAGAAGAACUGCAGCUGUCAUUUCCUAUAUGGCUCAGGCACGAGUGAGCAGGUUACUCAGGGUGUGGAGAAAGCACUGGAGAGCAAGGAAGAGUACCAGGCUGAGGUGCAGUUCUACAAGAAGAAUGGAAGUUCUUUCUGGUGUCUGUUGGACAUCGUGCCCAUUAAGAAUGAGAAGGGGGAGAUGGUGCUUUUUCUGUUUUCAUUCAAGGAUAUCACAGAAGCAAAAGACAAGAGUCAACACAGCAGCAGAACUGAUGAUAAUAAGCCAUACAAAAGGACCACCGGAAAUUCUCAUUUCAGUAAAGCCAGAAGGAGGGGUCAUACCAUGAUUUACCAGUUAACCAGCCAGUUUACCCGUGACAGCAAAAAGGAUGUAAACUUAAGCCGGGACAUGUUUGAAAAACCAUCUCUGCCUGAGUACAAAGUGGCAGCAGUCCAGAAGUCUCGAUUCAUCCUGCUGCAUUAUAGUGUGUCCAAGGCGUUGUGGGAUUGGAUGAUUCUACUGGCUACAUUCUAUGUCGCUGUGACCGUGCCGUACAAUGUGUGUUUCACAGCGUACAGUGAUCUGGAGACUGCAGGCAGGAGCACGAUAGUUAGCGACAUCGCAGUGGAAAUGCUUUUUAUUCUGGACAUCAUUCUUAACUUUCGCACCACCUAUGUGAGUCAAUCAGGGCAGGUGGUGUACGAGCCUCGCUCCAUCUGUCUGCAUUAUGCCACCACGUGGUUCUUCGUGGAUCUGGUGGCUGCGCUGCCCUUUGACCUGCUCUAUGCAUUUAACAUUACUGUUACGUCUCUAGUGCACCUGCUGAAAACUGUGCGAUUGUUGCGUCUGUUAAGACUGCUGCAGAAGUUGGACAGAUACUCACAGUACAGCGCCAUGGUACUAACGCUGCUCAUGUCGAUGUUCGCUCUGCUGGCUCACUGGAUGGCCUGCAUCUGGUACAUCAUUGGACGCAAAGAGAUGGAGACCAAUGCCAAUGGAGCCUGGGACAUAGGCUGGCUACAUGAGCUGGGCAGGCGUUUGGACAAGCCCUAUUUCAACAGUACAGUUGGUGGUCCUUCGGUUCGCAGUGCCUACAUCGCCUCUCUGUAUUUCACCUUGAGCAGUCUGACCAGUGUGGGCUUCGGCAACGUUUGUGCCAACACUGAUGCUGAGAAGAUUUUCUCUGUUUGUACUAUGCUCAUUGGGGCUCUCAUGCACGCUGUGGUGUUUGGGAAUGUAACAGCCAUCAUCCAGCGCAUGUACUCACGCCGCUCACUAUAUCACACACGCAUGAAAGAUCUGAAGGACUUCAUUCGUGUUCACCGGCUGCCACAGCAGCUAAAACAACGCAUGCUUGAAUAUUUCCAGACCACCUGGUCUGUGAAUAAUGGCAUUGAUGUCAAUGAGCUCUUGCAUGAUUUUCCUGAUGAGUUGCGUGCCGAUAUAGCCAUGCACUUAAACAAAGACAUCCUGCAGCUGCCUGUGUUUGAUGGUGCUAGUAGGGGCUGCCUGCGCUCGCUCUCCCUCCAUAUCAAAACCACUUUCUGUACACCGGGGGAAUAUCUCAUCAGACAGGGGGACGCGUUGCAGGCCAACUACUUUGUCUGUUCUGGGUCACUGGAGGUUCUAAAGAACAACAUGGUCUUGGCUAUUCUGGGAAAAGGAGAUCUGAUUGGCUCAGACCUGCCUGGCCAGAAUCAUGUGAUCAAGACGAAUGCAGAUGUAAAGGCACUGACAUAUUGUGACCUGCAGUAUAUCAGUAUGAAAGGUUUAAGUGAUGUUCUUGAACUAUAUACCGAGUAUGCCAGCAUCUUUACUACUGACAUCCACCGAAACCUCACAUACAAUCUGAGAGAGGGCAGUGAGACUGAGCAGAACUACCCAGACUCCAGUGCAACAACUGAGAAUAAGCGUCCAUCCAUUAUAGAAAAGGCUGAUGAUCCAGACAAGUACUUCCAUGUCCCACCUGCUUCCAAUACAUGCCGAAAUCUUCUUCUGCCCAAUCUAAGCAGCCCAGUACGACGUACAUCACUGGGGAAUCUUUUGGGGGAAGAGUUACUGCAGUUCAACACCCUGCGACAGUGUCAUUCACCUGUCAGGGGCUGGAGUCCAAACCCUUCCCCCAAACAUCAGACCAAAGUACAGAAACAAACCCAUCCUCCCUCAUCUACACCCAAAUCCACCCAUAGGACACAGACAGAUUCUGGAGGUACAGGACGCAAACCUGCCAGACUGCUCAUCCCCACUCUCAGCUGCUUUGGACCACCAGAUCUUAGUCCAAGAGUUGUAGAUGGAGUUGAGGACAACGGACAUGUGUUUCGUUUUAAUGUGGAGGACACCACGGCCAAAACUAGUACAGUGACAUCAAUGGGUAGUGAGACACUGGACGGGUCUGGUCAGGUGAAUGCGUCACUGCUUCAGGAUACAAAGGAAGUGAAAGAGACCAUUGACCAACUCAACAAGAAGAUGGGCAACCUGAAACAGGAAGUGUCAAUUCUAACAAAGGAUCUGCAUCACAUAAUGCACCUCCUGCAAGCACAGAUAGCUGUUCGCCAUUACACAGCACCUUUGUCCUCCUGUCCCUAUGGAGUCCACAUGAUGUCCAGUUCUUCUAUCAGUAUGUCUCCAGCCUACAUCUUGGGUUCCAGCAUCCACAUGCAGCACAAAGACCAUGUUGUCCCUGAGGGUCUCCUGGCGUCCACGUCUUGGAGUCACAGCCGACCUGGUGGAUCUGGUUUCUCUCAGCACACUGAGAAACAGGGACACUUUCACCAGCAUGAGCCUAAACAACCCUCUCCUGUCACAGCAAAUGAGCCCUGUUCCCAUGACUGGAGUUCUUUGUACACCUCAAUUCCCUCCAAUAUCAGCCACCAUCACUUAUCUACUGGCUCCUCUCUCCUUAGCAUCAGCCCAGGAGCCCAGGGGCCAACACCUGGAGAAAGCCCCCGAGCAGAGGGCUUAUCACUGGGCAUUUGUGCUGGAGAUAGAGCCCAUGCCAGUAUCAGCCAGUCACACCCUGUUUUGCAUACAUUGAUUCCUCAAACAUUGGGCAGUUCAUCUUUUUCUUGCAAGGUCACGCCAAGCUCGGAUUCACACCUACACCUUUCCACAGAACCAGCGUUUCCCUAUCCCACUCCAACCGAGGAUGAAGAGCACAGGACUCCAGAGGUGGCCCUCAAUCAGAAUGUGGUACCGUCCACUUUCCUACAAGAGAAUUCUCCACCCUCUCCAAAGGAAUCGAUUGUAGUUCACUCAUCUCUUGAGGAGUCAUCUGAAGUAGAGCACACCAGUCGGGAGUGCCUACUGGGUAAUCAAAGGCUGGGCCAAGAUAGUGAGACAUCAGAGAGAAGGUCUAGCGGGUCCAGUGUAGGAAUUUGUAGCCAAUCUGAGAGCUCAGAGACCACAUGGUGCCUGGAUCUGAUGGAUUCGUAAGUUCAUGAGUAUAAAGAGAAAAAGCUGCUCAGCAGUUAAUCAUCUGGACCAUCACCGAAUCCCUUUUCCACCAACAGGGUGUCUCUCUCGGUCACAGAUCCAGUGCCUGAUCGGAACCUUUUCCUGUUCCACCGCAGAAAAUGGCAGUAAUGGUGUGGAAGAACUGGCACCAAACCAACUUCUAAAACCUGCUAGUCUUAACCAAGAAAUCACAAAAUGUUAGAGGCCGGGGCCUGGAUGUGCUUACCAAGUAAGUUUUUUAAAAACUAGAAUAUCUCACACAUACACACACACACACACACACAAAACUAAAUCGUUCUCAUUAUAAUCAGUGAAGCUAUUAUCACUUUAUCUAUAUUCACUUUUCUGGUAAAUACACCAUAAUUGCUGUA